UGCCGGCGACCGGUUUAGUAUUCGCAGUGGGCGUCAAGCAAAUGAGAAUCCAAAUCGGAUCAUCAAAUCAAAGUCAAGCGAACGUCACCGAUGGGUAGCGAUUGGGGAAGAUCAAUGGGGAAGGUGAGGUCUUUCGUGGGGAACUCCAUGGGAGGUCUUAGAGGAGGUCAGAAUCUCGCAUCCUGGCUCGUCGCCGGAACAAUCGCUUACUAUCUCUGGGUUAAACCGGCUCAGGAUCUCAAAAAGGAACAAGAGGCUAGGGCACUUCUGGCGGUGGCGGAUCGGGAUCAAUACAUGGAGAAGAGGAAACCAAUCGCUGAUCCUCAGGUUACUGGUCUGGUUUAUGGAAACAAGAACAUAACCGAUGAUAAACCACAGGAUUGAAUACUUUGUUUUCGUUUUCUGCAAGUUUUUGAGAACAUCUCUUUGUAAGUCUGUUAGCUUCGGCAGUUUUGUUUUGUUUAUCCUAUAGCUACGAAGAUGGUCAUUGUAUAGACAAAACACUAUAGUUGUGUGACUUUACAAAAAAUCGAAUUUAAAAAAAAAAAAAAAAAAAAAAGAUGGAA